UCAUCGCCUGUUUUUGGGGACCGAGCUUCCUGAUCCAUCUCACAUUUCGUUGUGUUUGGAUAGUCAAGUAGCAGCAAUCAUCUACCCAAGUAACAUACUGUUACGUUAUAUCAUCAAAUCCAUCGUUGAAGCGGCGUGUUCUGAUUCGGAGCCAAACUCCUGCCUCUACAGUUUGUUGGUCCUUAUCGAGACCAGAAUCACGGGAUAUGUCAUCACGCCAAAGCAUCGAUCUCGACCAUGAGGGCCAGCAUGAAGCCAACGAAGCUCUCCUCACUGAGGAACCAGUUAGCUCGGCUAAGAAGUCAAAGUGGUUGCGUGGAUCUAUCUAUCACUUCAUGCUAUUAUAUUCGAUACUUGCCUGCCUGGUUAUAUACAUCUUAUUUCUUACCAAGUCAUGCCAGGAUCCAAGCUUGGGAAUAAAUUCUCCAGCGAAUGAGGCUGUUGUCUACGAGAAUAUUGCUUUUACACAAGGAUGGCAAGACGGUAGCCCGUACCAUGGUACCCCAACUCCCGAACUGGAUCGACUCUGGGACGACUUGUAUCAACCUGAGACUGACCCACCACCAGACGGUAUUAAUCUUGAAAUCGAUGCGGCAUCCGCUGUCAAUCUGCCAAGCCCAACGCUCAUGCUAGAUGGGAAGAAAGCCCUCCACCCUGAAUACUACGACGAAAUGAGACUUUUCUAUGACAAUGGUACUGUGGAUAAGGAAGUGAGGCUUCACUAUAGCCAUUGCAUCGAGCAUCUGAGACAAACAAUUAUGUGUCAUGGCGAUACAACCGUCAUGUCUUAUGAGACAAUUGAUGAAACUAGAGCUGCGCUUUCGAUGACCGCAACUCACCGCUGUCGAAAUUUUGAUGGACUCCAUGAUUGGGCGUUUUCGAGAUGGGUUCGGAAUGUCAACGUGUCCAGACUACAGCCAGGGCCUGGUAUAAUAUAA